UGAAGUGAAAGCCAUGAUCGAGGCUGGAGUAGAAUGUAAAGAAGCCGAAGUCGAGAGAGGGAAACCAACGGCAGCUACAUCCCAGUCACUCCAAGGCGAGCUGAAAGGAAUGUUCCCCGUCGUACCGCGCCGGCAUCGAAUCGUCGAACCGUUCCUCCUCCUCAAGAGACUCCCCGGGAAACACGAGCGAGAAAUUUCGAACUCGAGGGGAUUCCAUACGAUGCUAAACUGACUGCAAAAUGACUUCUAAGUACAUCCCAUGUGCCCUAGUCCUAGCUUACGCUGUAGGAUGCUUUGCUCAGGUUUACACGAGCCAAACCCAAAGUACCAAGGUGGCAGUCUCAACAGUAGAAGAACCGCCCGCAAACAAUGACUUCAUUACACAGACUGUCUAUGGUUUUCUGGAUUUCACCACAACAAUUGGUAACACGGUAAUGGUAUUCAGCCCGCAAAGUGCUCCGCCCGACGGUGAUAAAGGAAAGAUGGCAAUAACCAGUCCGGCGAUUCAAACAAAACCAGACGUGCAAAAGAAACAUCCAGACAUCCAGCCGAGCAAAACCUACAAAAGCGAGGCAGAUUCCGAAACAAAAAAGCCACAGAAAGGUGGAAAGAUCGUUGUCAAUUCCGUGGUGGAGCAAAACGUCGUCAACCAAUCCGAACAGAAUGUCGUGCACGGGAACGAUAACAAUGUUAAAACCCACGUAAACGUGGUAACUAAGUCACCGGUAAUGUCAACGGUGAUCCAAGUCAACUCUAAGUACGAAACACCAGUACUUGGAAACAAUUUGGCAGAGCCAGAGUACGACUUUCUGUCUAAACAACCCAGCGAAAUCGUCGACGAGACGUACAAGAUAAUAAACUUGAAGCCAUCCACGAAAAUCUCGCCAAAGCCUCGACCAACGCCUAGAAGAGACAAAGAAAAUCCAACAGGGUUGGUGACCAAACUUGGCGGUACCAUCGUGAAGGAUGGUUUAACGACUGUCCAUGAAACCAGCGUAAUUGGGACAUACAUUAAUGGAAAGUACGCCCAGGUCUUGCAGAGCUCUUCCAGGAUUCUCACUCCAGCAGCUCCGGCUGUUCCCGAAGGAAAAGUUCGACCUACAAACGCGCAAAGGAUUCUGAAGACCAUUGGUCCACAACAAGGGAAGCUGAAACCCCACCUGGAACCAACACCGACUGUCCAGCAAGAGGAAUCGUCCUUGCCUCUGGAAGUCCUCUUCAGUGCACCCUCAGGUCCCAGUGUGAGAACCACUCGCAGACACACGGGAGGUAUCCAGUCGCGACCAAAAUUCCGGAACAAGAUCGCCGAGGAUUUGGAGAACAACGAGCCACAGGCUCAGCAAAGAAGUCUGGGGAAAGCUCGUCCAACCACAGCCCGACCAAGUUACAAGAAUCGUAUCCAGCAAACAACGACGACGGAGCCGGCCGUAACGCGUAGGCGAAACGGUUUCAGGCCUAAUAACCCAGUCCCUAUCGCAAAGCCGGGUAAGCCCAAGAACGAACCACUCGCAUCGGCGGGUCCCUUGCCCAAGGUAAAGCUCCCAAGGACCCCAGGCCGCUGGUCCUACAAGACGACUCCUAAACCCAGAAUUGCGAUCCGCAAGCAGGUGGUUGCCGAUGAAGAUGAUAGGACGUUGGCGCCGGAAACAAGCGCGCCGGAAGUCGGGGCCGAAGAAAAGACGCCCAUGCCGAUGGCUCAGCGAAAGAUCCAAGAGGGAUCGCUAGACGACGAGUCGAAAGAAGCGAGCGAAGUCGCGGAGACCGUAGCUCAAGAGCACGAGCAAGAUCAGCAACGCGAGCUGCAGCAAGAUCAGCCGCAAGAGUCGUUGCAGCAGCCGCAGCAACACGUCCUGCCGGUAGAGACGCUCAAUGUCGAGAUAUCCACGCCUGCAGACUUUAAUGACGUUUAUUUCGAGAUCGCGACCAUCAAAUCGCCGUACACCUUCCAGGUGGGAACCAUGCGAAACACCCGCUACGUGACGGUGACCUCCACCAUAAAAAAAUCAUUCGCGACGGCAGAACCGACAAGUAGCAUCGCCCCGACGGAGCCUCUGACAGAGAACAUCCUGGCCAACACGGGUGCGGCCUACGAAACGACGUUGCCCAUCGACUCGUCCAUAGCGACACUUCCAGCAGUAUCGCUGGAGGCAGGUCAGGCUACCCCACCGCUGGAGACGAUCACAGAGACCUUCUCCACGACCCAGACCCUCUUGAAGACCCACCUCCUGCCCGUGAUCUCCGGGGGCAACACCACCAGGCUCACCUUGGUCCAGACCUACAACAUAGCCAGAGUGGUCACAGCCACGAAGACUCUUCCACCGAUGGAGAUCUACCAGUUCAUCCCAAGCAAGACCCUCAACGAGUUCAACUCUAAGCUGGACGAAGCCGGCAGCGAGCUUCACCUGGAAUUGGACUUUGGUGAUGACGAUAGGGACGACGACGACAUUCCCAAGCGAGUUAUGAUCCCUGGGAAUGAAGGGAUCUCCGAUUUGGACGUCUUCAGGUCGGUUACCCCGUCCAAGGCGAAGAUAGAUUCGGUACAACCCAGUCUCAUGGCCAAGGAACCCCAGCUUUCGCCGGAACAGGCUCAACAACUCGCGUUGUACAAGUACUUUGGCCAACCCCAACCCCAGGUGAUCACCACGUCCCGACCUGUGGUCGUCCUGGAGACCGUGUACGAGUCCCAUGUCAUUCCCGUGCUGAGUGGCGGGAAUACGGUCUAUUCCACCCUUUCGAGACCCGUUGCCACGGUUCCCAGGACGUCCUAUGAGUACGGCACCUCCACCAUUUCGCCUAUUCUCCCGCCCCCGGUGCCGCAGCCUCAGGUGCCGCUUUUCCCCCAGCAACAACCACAAUUCACUGUCACCAGUGCUCCCAUUGUCACUCAGACCCUGGCUACCGUGUCUGACUCAAGGGUGCUGAAACUCACUUUUGGCGCAAAAACCGCGUACACCACUUUGUUCUCCACUAAAGUCAUUCCAACGGAACUGACGACUUAUGUCACGUCCACGGUGCCGUUGCAGCCUACUGUACAGCCAUUCCCGGGGUACUUCCCACAGCCUGUUGCCUAUCCACCCUUUCCCUACGUUGGAUAAAAAGAAGCGUAUAGAUAAGAAGAUAUGCGUCAUUUGGUAGGUUUAAUAAUCAUUCAUUGUAAGGGAAUUUGCUGCAUCUUUCCGAUUAAGUCAGAGGUAAACUCUAAGAAUCGUCAAUUGAACUUGGAACGAACUCGGUGCUAUUUAAUAGCGUUCUGAGGAUCCUUCGAAAUCCAUACUUCACUUGAUGUACAAAGCAACGGAGUUCGCAAUUUAUUUCCCGAGGGCACUUGCCACUUCCAAGUGGCCCGAGAAAUGUAAUUGAUCGGCGAAAUAAUUACUGUACAUAAAUUAUUACAUACUCUAUUAUCAUAUAUGUUCUAAGAAUGUUUUUUUGUAAAUAAAGUGUGAAACAUUCCCAAUGAA